AUGAAGCUCCACCACGUCUUCGCCCCGAUCCUCCUCUUGAUCGUUCUUCUCGGCCUCGCCAACGCCCAGACUUCGAUCCGCUGGACGCAGCUGCGCAUGUGCGAGCACCACCACUUCCAGGGAAAGUGUCACAGUCUGGAGCCCAUGUCCUCAGGUUGCAGAAAGGUGCCUCUGCCGAUCUACCGCCAGGUCUCGAGCUACAGGGUUACGAACGGUUGCUGCACGUUCUAUCUCACCGACGACUGCAAGCUCCGCAUCUUUUCUGCCACCAACCGCGAGGAUGCUACCCUAGAUGGAAAGCACAACGAUGCGAUCCAGGCGUACAGAUGCUGGUUCGAUUGCCAAGCCUGA